UAUGGAAGUAUGAAACAACCCCAAACCCAAAACCCUAAUAGUGAACUCUUCUUUUUUCUCUCUUUCAAUUCAAUUACAGUCGUGACUUACACACCAAAAUUGCCCCUCAAGCAUAUGAAAACAUGGAAUUGGAAUCAAUGGCGAGCUUGCAUUCUGAUACCCCAAAUGCUCGGUUCCCUAAUCAGGCGGUGCCUCCGCAUUCUGAGAAUGGACUGCACCAUCUUUGAACCUCUCUUCACCGCUUGCAUGCAAACAUUGUCCGAAACCUUGGAUUAUGUCUUCUGCACAGUUACUGAUUUACCACGUUUCUCAAAUGAUUGCAGUUACUGAUUUACCACAUCUUAACCAAUUGCAUCAAGUACUGAUCAUGUUAAGCCUUGUAAAUCGGUGCAUUAAGGAGAUGGAAAGAGGGGGUGUGUGGAAAAGGUGA